GCACGCUGCAACGCUAUUAUAAAGUGAACUUGUUUCGGUCGGAUGUUUUCAGUGCAAAUUUGUACGUCACAGCAUUUAGUAGCGCGGGCGCUCUCGUGUGUCGCGUGCAGUGAAGUGAAGUUGCAGCCAGACAGGCAGUGAGAGUGGAUCGGUUUUAGCGCGCCCCACGUGGAUAGCGGUGCUGCUAGGCAGUGUGUUUGUGGAUCGUGCGUGUGUGACAAAUGUGACAACCCAAGAUCAUUCUUUUGGCCCAAUUUGUUUGGAUGUGCGUGUGCAAUUGGAAAAUGAACCGUUGUGACUUGAGAGGAUCAUUCCAACGAAAGUGAACCUUCUAAAGGGCAAACAGAACCCCAAUUCUUGUGUGAUCUUGAGCGCGAGUUCUGAGCACUUACAAUGCAAUGCGGCCGAUGAUCGAGUGAUAAAGUGUCAAAGUUCAGUUCCUCAAAAAACACUUACACCAUCUUCAGAUUGAGUCCACCUGGCCUAGGAUCGCAUUCCCUGUCCCUGCUGUCGCUGCUGAUCCUGUCAUCUUCCUUCCAACAUCCUGACCAUCCCUCGCUGGGCACCUCAUAAUGCAGCCACCGUUAGCGACAUGCUUUCUCCUGUUCCUUUUGGUACUUGCCUACCACGGCGCUGUCUCGGCGAAAGGAAUCAAGCAGAAGCGGCUCGUCAUCGAUCUGAGAGAUCCUUUGCUGAGCGUCACCGAUCCCACCCACUCCGCCGUUUACUUUCCCCGCCCGACGGUACCGUCCGUGGCGUACGGCUCCUCGCCACCCGCUCCUCCGUCCUUCUACCGUCCAUCGCACGGCGCCAUCGCCCCGUACAGCCAUGGCCUCACGCGGGUAGCGUCACCGCUUAAACCCUCCACCGCCGCCCUGUUCAAUGGCAAUCUGUUCCAGUACUCCAACUACGGCUCCCCGUUUCCCUUCCUCACCGGCAACCACCUCAGCCUGGGCGAUGAGGAAACGUACAUCGCGGACGGACGCAUCCUCAAGCAGUACGCCGUGAUGGAGUUCCACGCGGAGGAGCAGGAGCGGAACCAGUACCACCAGCAGCAGCUGCUCCAGGGUUCGGGUGCGUUCCGUACACCCGCCGGUACCCCAUACCCGACGAGCACGUACUUCAGCAGCAAGUUCCCCACGACGGCGACGACGUACGAUCCGCUGUACGGGUCGUUUGCACCGCAGCAGCCCCAGUUUGCGCCGCCCGUGCUGGACACGUUCAAUCCACGGUUCGGCGUGCAGCACCAGCCCGACUAUCAGCAGCGGUCGCCCCUGCUCACCAAGAACCACGGCCCGAUUGCGCUCGGGUCCGGCUCGCUCGGUUACAUCCACGGGCCGAACGGCGUUACGGUUGGGUCGGGCUCGCUGGGCUACAUUAGCCACCAGCAGCACCGCGAAACGCUGGCCGAACUGAUCGAGCGCAAAAAGUCAAAGCACCUACCGAGCCCGCUAACCUUUGGCCAUAAUCAUAACUGAGCGGCGUUUGGUUGGGUGUGUGUUUGUGUGCUUUUGGGAGGGAGACAACAUAACAAAAGGGAUUGUAAGGGAGCGUUGCGCCGUGCGCCAUAUGAUAUGAUUAUUGCAGCAGCAACGGUGUAUCAUUACCGAAAGGUGUGUGUACAGAGGGAGACUAAGAGGCGGAGAGAGUGUGAGAGAGAGAGAGAGAGAGAGAGAGAGAGAGAGAGAGAGAGAAAAGGGCACAGGGAGCAUUAAUGUAAAUACGAACGAAAAGUGCGCGACUUCCACGAUUCCUAUUCCGGUGCGGAGCGUGCAACAAACAAACAAACA